AUGGAUCACACGCCUGCUGCACAGCGUCGUCUCCGAGCUAUUCACGGCCACCUAACAGCUACCGCCGAAGACUCGCCCUCCCACCUCCGAUCCAACCCCACUGCCGGCGAGCGCUCAGUUGACACCUUUCGAGACUACAAAUAUCUGGGAACACGUGUUCGCGUGGAUGGAACUGUUGGGGAGUACAAAUGGAUGACUUAUGGAGAAGCAGGUACUGCCCGGUCAGCAAUAGGUUCUGGUUUGAUUUAUUAUGGACUCCCAAAGGGCUCCAGUAUCGGAUUGUAUUUUAUUAACAGACCAGAGUGGCUCAUUGUUGAUCAUGCUUGCUCUGCUUACUCAUUUGUAUCAGUGCCUCUGUAUGAUACUCUUGGUCCUGAUGCUGUCAAGUAUAUUGUUAGUCAUGCUGUCGUGCAAGCUAUAUUUUGUGUACCUCAAACAUUAAAUGUAUUGCUGAGCUACUUGUCUGAUAUUCCAACUGUUCGUUUAAUUGUGGUAGUUGGAGGCAUGGAUGAUCAAAUUCCAUCAGUUCCAUCCUCAAAUGGAGUUCAGGUUGUUACAUAUUCAAAGUUGCUUAAUCAGUCUAAAGAUCCUUUUGGACGCAGCAAUCUCCAGCCCUUUUGUCCACCCAAACCUGAUGAUAUUGCAACCAUUUGCUAUACAAGUGGUACAACUGGAACCCCAAAAGGUGCUGUCUUGACCCAUGGAAACUUCAUUGCAAGUGUUGCUGGGAGUACUAUGGAUGAGAAAUUUGGCCCUUCCGAUGUGUAUAUAUCCUAUCUCCCUUUGGCUCACAUUUAUGAGCGAGCAAACCAGGUCAUGGCAGUACAUUUUGGCAUUGCAGUGGGAUUCUUCCAGGGGGAUAGUAUGAAAUUAAUGGAUGACCUAGCCCUUCUAAGACCUACUGUCUUCUGUAGUGUUCCUCGACUAUAUAACAGAAUAUAUGCCGGUAUCAUUAAUGCUGUUAAAACAUCUGGUGGCCUGAAGGAGAGACUAUUUAAUGCUGCCUACAAUGCUAAAAGGCAGGCUUUAUUGCAUGGGAAGAACCCAUCUCCAAUGUGGGACAGAUUAGUUUUCAACAAGAUAAAGGAAAAGCUUGGAGGACGAGUUCGGUUUAUGGCAUCAGGUGCCUCACCUUUAUCACCUGAUAUCAUGGAAUUUUUAAAGAUUUGCUUUGGGGGUCGGGUGACUGAAGGAUAUGGAAUGACAGAGAGUACUUGUGUUAUAAGCUGCAUAGAUGAGGGUGACACACUUGGUGGUCAUGUUGGCUCUCCUAAUCUAGCCUGUGAGAUAAAACUUGUGGAUGUUCCAGAAAUGAACUAUACAUCUGAAGAUCAGCCCACUCCCCGUGGCGAAAUUUGUGUUAGGGGUCCCAUUGUUUUUCAAGGUUAUCACAAAGAUGAAGCUCAAACGAGAGAAGUCAUUGAUGAAGACGGGUGGCUGCAUACAGGAGAUAUCGGAACGUGGUUACCUGGUGGUAGACUAAAAAUUAUUGAUAGGAAGAAGAAUAUCUUUAAGUUGGCACAAGGCGAGUACAUUGCUCCUGAGAAGAUUGAAAAUGUAUAUGCCAAAUGCAAGUUUGUGGCGCAGUGCUUUGUAUAUGGUGAUAGCCUAAAUGCUUCUUUGGUAGCUGUUGUCUCGGUGGAUCAUGAUAUCUUGAAAGCAUGGGCAGCUUCAGAAGGCAUAAUGUAUAAUGAUUUAGCACAACUUUGCAAUGAUCCAAGAGCAAAGGCAGCUGUCUUAGCUGAGAUGGAUGCUGCUGGACGAGAUGCUCAGAUUAAGAGGCCUCAAGCGAAGGAAUAUUUCGCAAAAGCAAUAUCUGAUAUGUACAGUGAACUCUCAAGAACUGAUAGUUCUCAGAAAACGUUGUGA